AUGAGGGUCUCUCUGGAUUUGAUAUUCGGACUCGCGCUUUUCUCAACCGUCAAUGCUUAUGUCGUUCCUUCUCGCAAUGUUGGAACCGACUACGUGCUUCCUUCCCGGAGAAUCGGAGCGACAAGGGGCAUUUCCUCAGCACCUCGCACCAAUGCUAUCCAGCGUGAUGCAGAAGUCAGCCAUGGCGUUCACCCCCGCAAUCCUCAAGGCCUGAUGAUCGGAGGUCUUACUCUCGGUGGACCAGGCGGCGGCAUUACUGGAGAUGGCCUUAACCUCGGUGGCAACGGCAACAAGGGAAAUGGCACUGCGAUGGCUGAGGGAAUGAAGGGCAAAAAGUCAGGGAAAGGGAAAGGGAAAGGGAAGGGAAUGAAGGGCGAGAAAGAAAUGCCAGCGGGAUGCGCCGCUCCGCCCCCUGCUGGAGAGGGAGAGAAGUCAGCACCCCCUGCAGGAGGAGAAACACCCGCUGGUGGAGAAGCACCUGCUGGAGGAGAAGCACCUGCUGAGGGAGAAAAGCCUGCUGGAGGAGAGGCGCCCGCCGGUGGAGAGGCGCCCGCCGGUGGAGAAAAGCCCGCUGGUGGAGAAGCACCUGCUGGAGGUGAGGCACCCGCUGGCGGCGAAGCACCUGUUGGUGGAGAAGCACCAGCUGGUGGGGAAAAGCCUGCAGGAGGAGAAACAUCUGCUAGUGAAGGAGCGUCUGCCGGUGCUAAGGCGGAGUCUGUGGGCGGAAACAAAGCCACUGAAGAGUCCGAACAGUUCUCUGAAGAGUCUGGUAUCAGCCUUGGCAAAUCUGGCGAAGCUGCAAACCUUGGCGGAAACCUAGGAAUCACAAAGGGCUCUGAUGGUAGCAGCUCUGUUGGUGGCAAGAACGGUAUCAACGUUGCCGCUCGCGGAUACUAA